GCAGACAACUGCCGGGCCUUCUCUUCAAGUUUCUUUACAUUUACGCUCUGUUCUUAUACGACAGCCAUGUUUAUCAUCAACUGGUUCUGGGACGUUCUCGCUCAGCUCGGCCUCCUGCAUAAGAAUGCCAAAAUCCUUUUCUUGGGUUUAGACAAUGCUGGAAAGACGACUUUGUUGCACAUGCUCAAAAACGACAGGCUGGCAACGUUGCAACCCACCCUUCAUCCCACGUCUGAGGAAUUGGCCAUUGGUAACGUUAAAUUCACGACUUACGACUUGGGCGGACAUCAACAAGCUCGCCGUCUCUGGCGUGACUACUUCCCCGAAGUUGAUGGUAUAGUCUUCCUUGUUGACAGUGCCGACUUUGAGCGCUUCGCCGAAUCUAAAGCCGAACUCGACGCGCUCCUCUCCAUCGAGGAGUUGUCCAAGGUUCCUUUCCUUGUCCUCGGAAAUAAGAUUGAUGCACCCGGCGCUGUGAGUGAGGAAGAACUGAGACACCAUUUGGGGCUUUAUCAGACGACAGGCAAGGGCAAGGUUCCCCUGAAUGAUAUUCGACCUAUCGAGAUCUUCAUGUGUUCGGUAGUGCAGAGGCAAGGCUACGGUGAAGGUUUCCGAUGGAUCUCGCAAUACAUUUAAAUCGCUUACUGGUAUAUUGUUAUCGGCGGUGGUUGGCAUGAAGGGAUGAGGGACAAUGACGCUACAGUACACUAUCUCCCAACCCUUUUACCGAGUUUACAUUUUAGUUGUCUCCCCUCUCACUAGCUGUGAUCCACUAUUACUACUGCGCCUGGCCCUCAGUUGACUUCUCUUUAGUCAUGUUGUCAUUCCUUUUGUCUUAAUUGCACUGUUACA